UCUGGUUUGGCUUCCUUCAACUUUGGCGUCAUACGAGUGCCCAAUUAAUUGCCCGCGUCUGCACGCACGGUUUUUAUACAUGCACAACUGAUGGUAAACGUGAGCGGCAGCCAUGGCGGAUUGUGCGAUGGAAUUGGAUGAUGCCUCUAGAGGAACCAAGAGAAAGGCCGACGACUUGAGCCACCAAGAAAAUGCAUCCAGGCGAAUCAAGGCCCUUAGCCAGGAUGUGGUCAACAAGAUCGCCGCCGGAGAGAUCAUCGUCGCCCCGGUACAUGCUCUCAAAGAGCUGAUAGAGAAUGCGGUUGAUGCUGGCUCUACUUCGCUCGAGGUCCUUUGCCGGGAUGGCGGUCUCAAAAUGCUGCAGAUCACCGACAAUGGCUGCGGCAUAGAAAAGGAGGACCUGCCAAUCCUGUGUGAGCGCUUCACCACCUCCAAGCUUCAGACCUUUGAGGAUCUAUCCUCAAUUGCAACCUACGGAUUCAGGGGUGAGGCGCUGGCCAGCAUCAGCUACAUCGCUCAUCUUACAGUGACCACCAAGACCAAUGAUUCCAGCUGUGCGUGGCGGGCUUAUUAUGAGGGUGGCAAGCUUGCUCCUACUAAGCCUGGCCAGCUUGCGGACCCCAAGCCUGUCGCAGGCAGGCAAGGCACCCAGAUCACUGUCGAGGACCUCUUCUACAACGUCCCCAGUCGUCGCCGCGCCUUCAGGUCCUUCUCGGAUGAGUACAACAAGAUCAUUGACAUGGUCGGUCGCUACGCCGUUCACUGCAAGGGUGUGGCCUUUUCCUGUAAAAAGCAUGGCGAGUCGACCACAAGCAUUGCCGUUCAAGCCGGCGCUACCGUUUCAGAUCGGAUCCGGCAGAUAUACGGCAGCAGUGUUGCCAACGAACUCAUCGACUUCAGUACAUCAGACACUCGCUGGGGUUUCAAAGCGAACGGUUGGUGCACCAAUGCCAACUACAGCGUCAAAAAGACGACGCUGCUGCUUUUCAUAAACAAUCGCUGCGUCGAAUCCACCAACGUCAAGAAGUCGGUAGAGCAGACUUAUGCCUCAUUUUUGCCCAAGAACGGACACCCUUUCCUCUACCUGAGUCUGGAGAUUGACCCUCAACGUGUCGAUGUAAAUGUGCACCCUACCAAGCGGGAAGUCAACUUUCUCAACGAGGAUGAGAUAAUUCAGGCAAUUUGCGAAAGUAUACGCACCAGACUCGCCGCCGUCGAUACCAGCCGCACUUUUAGGACCCAAACGCUACUCCCUGCACAGGACGUUGGGAGUGCAGGCUCAACCACACCGACCAAUCCUCGCAGGGAUUCGAGAGCAGCCACGGCGUCUUCCACAGCAAAGAAAACCCAGACACCUGCUCGCCCAUACGAGAACAACCUUGUGCGUACAGAUACCAACGCUCGCAAGAUAACCAGCAUGUUUGCCCCAGUCGCCGGUUCAUCCCGCUCGGCUGUAGCACCCACCGUUGUCACACAUGCCGGCACAACCCAGGCAGCGGCUGCCUCGCUCGCCGCACCGGAAGCCAUCGAAUACGAGACUGUCGAGCGUGACGUGGUUCCUAUCAAACUGGCUUCUGUCAAAGAGCUCAGAUCUGCCGUGCGCGAAGAUAUGCACCACGGCCUGACUGACGUGUUUGCUAAUCACACGUUCGUCGGCAUAGUAGAUGAGCGGAGGCGCCUCGCCGCCAUCCAAGGCGGUGUGAAGCUGUAUCUCGUAGACUAUGGGCGCGCCAGCUUUGAAUAUUUUUACCAGCUAGGCCUCACCGACUUUGGAAACAUGGGUGCCAUUUGCUUCUCCCCGCCUCUGGAUAUGCGGGAGCUGAUUCGCGUCGCGGCUGAGCGUGAGAUUAGCCAACGCAAGGAGAGCAGCGAUGAAACUAUGGUUAAUGUUGACGAGGUUGUGGAGAAGAUAACCAAUCAGCUAACCAAGUUCGGCGCCAUGCUCUUGGAGUACUUCAGCCUCGAGGUCACUCCCACUGGUGAACUGGUCAGCAUUCCACUGCUUGUCAAGGGCUACACGCCACCUAUCGUCAAGUUGCCGCAGUUUCUCUUCCGUCUGGGACCACACAAUGUCGACUGGACCGACGAAAAGGCGUGUUUCGAGUCGAUACUGCGGGAGCUGGCCUCUUUUUACGUACCAGAGCAGUUACCUCCAUCUGCUUCCACACAAGACAAACGAGCCGAUGGAGGCGACGCGAGCAGCAGCAGCAACCAGUCCGACGCUGACACCUCGCCGGAUGAAGGGUCAGAAGUUCCCGGAACGGAAGCAGUUGAUCAGACAUUAGAGACCAGGAGACGAGAGGUACGAUGGGCUGUUGAGCACAUCAUCUUUCCAGCCUUCAAGGCUCGACUGGUAGCCACCAAUACGCUCAUGAAGUCUGGGGUCUUGGAGGUGGCCAACCUGAAAGGUCUAUACAGAGUAUUUGAGAGGUGCUGAACUACCUUGCAAGGGAAAAUCCAACAUAAUGAUAAUGUCACGAAGUUUACAUAUUAUUUCUUUUUUUUUGCUACUUUAUCUUGAUCUUCACCAGUUGCCAAAAAUCUUGGAGACUUUGUCAUGUAGCUAGAACUUUUUUUCUUUGGCAAAUUGCUCAAGUGCAGAACAGGACAGGGUAAGGGGAGAAAAAAAAAAAGAACCAACUUUGUCUAUCUCAAAGUGAUGAAUAAAACCCCCGGGAUACUGGCGAUCUAUCCGCCACCUCGGGGAGCAAAACUUAUUAUUGUACAGUGUCAUCUGGGUAGACCUAGUGCCAUGUCGAUUCGGUUGUGGCCCUGUUGCCAAUCAACAACCCGCCCCAUCCUGGCCCAUUCCCAUGCCCGUAAAUCUUUGAGUCAUGCUUGUUAAAAGUUGAGUGCUCUAAUUGCCACUCUCCCAGUCAGGAUUCUGUAUCAAAAAUCAUAUUACGAGUUAG